GCUGCGACUGAGCGAAGAUGGCGGAUUCGGUGGCAGCUGGGCUUGGGGAGGAAAAAGACACCGAAACGGAGGACAAGGAGAGGGAGAAAUUGACUGGGAGCAGCAAAAUAAAGUCAGAGAAGAACAGCAGCCCUUCGGAAGUUACGGAAACUCUGGGUUUUUAUGAGAGAAACGCUGGCAAGAAGGGUAAACAGAGCAGUCUCUCAGAUCUCACGCUGUUCCGGUUCAUCGGCACUGAGCUGACGAGGGGCUACUUUCUGGAACACAACGAGGCCAAGUACACCGAGCGGAGAGAGAGGGUGUACACAUGCCUGAGAAUCCCCAGGGAGCUGGAAAAGCUUAUGAUCUUCGGGUUCUUCCUGUGCCUGGAUGCCUUCCUGUACGUGUUCACCCUGCUGCCCCUGCGGGUCCUGCUGGCUCUGGUUCGACUGCUCACCCUGCCCUGCUGCGGCCUCAGGGCAUAUGUCUGCCCGUACUGCAAAAAGAGCAGCGGCUCACGGCUCCUGCAGCCGGCCCAGGUGUGUGACCUGUUGAAGGGCUUCAUCAUGAUCAUCUGUUACUCCAUGAUGCACUAUGUGGACUACUCCAUGAUGUACCACCUGAUCCGGGGGCAGUCGGUCAUAAAGCUCUACAUCAUCUACAACAUGCUGGAGGUAGCGGAUCGGCUGUUCUCCUCCUUUGGCCAGGACAUCCUGGACGCACUGUACUGGACUGCCACAGAGCCAAAGAAGAAGAAGCGGGCCCACAUUGGAGUCAUUCCCCACUUCCUCAUGGCUGUGUUGUAUGUCUUUCUCCAUGCCAUUCUCAUAAUGGUCCAAGCCACGACCCUCAACGUGGCCUUCAACUCUCACAACAAGUCACUGCUCACCAUCAUGAUGUCCAACAAUUUUGUGGAGAUCAAAGGAAGCGUGUUCAAGAAGUUUGAGAAGAAUAACCUGUUUCAGAUGUCCAACAGUGAUAUCAAAGAAAGAUUCACCAACUACGUGCUGCUCCUGAUCGUGUGUCUUCGGAACAUGGAGCAGUUCUCAUGGAACCCAGAUCACCUGUGGGUUCUGUUCCCUGACGUCUGCAUGGUCAUCGCCUCAGAGAUCGCCGUCGACAUUGUAAAGCACGCUUUCAUCACAAAGUUCAAUGACAUCACGGCAGACGUCUACAGCGAAUACAGAGCCAGUCUGGCCUUCGACCUCGUGAGCAGUCGGCAGAAGAACGCUUAUACAGACUACAGCGACUCUGUCUCCAGGAGAAUGGGAUUCAUCCCUCUUCCUCUGGCUUUGCUGCUGAUCCGAGUGGUGACCAGCUCAGUGAGGAUACAGGGGUCGCUGGUCCUGGUCUGUCUGCUGCUCUUCUACCUGGGGAUGAUAACACUCAAAGUGUUGAACAGCAUUGUCCUGCUGGGAAAGUCCUGUUUAUAUAUUAAGGAGGCCAACAUGGAGGAGAAGCUGUUCCAGACCCCCCCCACUGCGGCCCCGGGGAGGGCCUCCAGCAAGACCAACAGGAGCAGAUUCACGGCCCCCCCAGGGCCGGGGGGGCUUGUCUCCCCUCUGCUUACCGCGACAGACCCGUGUGCAGCCGCCUGUCCCAAACCCUCCUCCCUGCUCCCCCCACCCCUCGCUGGCUUCCUGUUUCCCCAAACCCCAGGCAAUCCCGCAGACGAGGGCGUGUCCCCGUCCAUCACCAGCCAGCCCGUCCAGCAGGCGGACAGCCCCGCCCCCGGCCCCGGCCCCGCCCCCGGCAUCCCCACCAGCAGCUCGGACCAGUUCCUGACCACGCCCGACGAGAGCGAGGAGAAGGAGCUCGCGCCGGACGGGACCGAACUCAAGCACCGAACCCCCAAAAAGGACCUGCUGGAGAUCGACCGUUUCACAAUAUGCGGGAACCGCAUCGACUGACCCUCCCCUCCUGCAGAGGGCGCUGCAGCAUGCGCCAAGUGCCACGGGACGGCGGGAGCCUUUCCUCGCCAAAGAGAGUGGCGCCCGAGUAUUUAUUGAAAUGCACAGUGUAAUUUAUUGUUGACUGGAAGAAUUAAAUGUAGCUUUCUGCUUUUCCCUGGCCUCGUUCCUUGAAGUGGACAUCUACUGGGAGAGGCCUGGGCGGAAGACCAACACCCACUCCCUCUCAACUCCGCCUUCUCCCUCUUAACCCCGCCCACUCCCUCUCAACUCCGCCUUCUCCCUCUUAACCCCGCCCACUUCAUCUCAACUCCGCCUUCUCCCUCUCAACCCCGCCCACUUUCAUUCAACCCCGCCCACUCCUUUUCAACUCCACCCACUCCCUCUGAACUCCGCCCCCUCCCUCUCAACUCCGCCUAUUCCCUCUGAACUCCGCCUUCUCCCUCUCAACCCCGCCCACUCUCAUUCAACUCCACCCACUCCCUCUGAACUCCGCCUUCUCCCUCUCAACCCCGCCCACUCUCAUUCAACCCCACCCACUCCUUUUCAACUCCGCCCACUCCCUCUGAACUCCGCCCUCUCCCUCUCAACCCUGCCCUCUCCCUCUCAACUCCGCCUUUCCCCCUGACCCCACCCCUCUCCUCCUAAUUAGGCAUUUACUGGAUGUGGCCAAGGGGAUGAACAAGCCCUGACCCCGUACCCCCCUGCCCCCCCUCGGCGAUGGGACCCCCAUCGCCAUGGAAACGGGCGGCUCAGACGCAGUGGGGGCUGCAGUUCAGCAGCGAAUCCCGUGAAAGGCCUUCAGUACAGGAAGACGUGCCUGGGACACUUCAGAGGAGCUGACGCGCAGUUUUUAUCGGAGAACAGUGCAGUGACACGGACACUGAACGAGGAUGCGGGAAAAUGCAUCAGUUCACCCCGCCCCCUCCCCCACCGGUGUUACAGGUUAUCAAAAUAAAAGUCAAAAUCAUAACCCAUCAAUAAUCUGGUUUACUUUAAAGAGCACCAGACAGCGUGAAUGGCGAGAUAAGUGAUUGUGCUGAAAUGAUGAGUUUGAUUCAAAUGCAGUCCGUGUAAAAAAAAAAAAAAUAUCUGUUUGCAAUUCUAACGGGUUUUGAAAAUUUUAUUUAAAGCUAAAAGCUGCAACAAAAUGAAGAGAUAUUUUUGCAGCGAACACUAAACUUUUGUAUGUCAUCACAUUGUAGGCUAAGAUUUAUCCUGCAGGAACUUAAUGAUCAUUUUUAUUCUCCAGUGCAAUCAGUAUUUUUGUUAGGCGAGUCAAGCAAACGUUACACACGUGUGUGAGAAUAUUUUACUGCAAACAAUUUUUUUUCCCAGGUUUGUAUUUGCUGCUGUUCUGACGUUGGAUUGUUUGAGUUUUGCUUUGGGUAUUUUUUUUAUUUUUUAUUUUGUUUUGCACUGAAGUACCAUGCUGUCUUAAACUUCAUUCUUUGCUACAGGGCCUACAUUGCACUGUGGCAUUUUAAUGUUUGACUCACAACCUUGAACAAAGCAUCAUAGCUCUGUUUCCAUGGUGAAAUGACAUGUUAUUUACCACUGUAGGAAAUUCUGAUGUGGGUUUGAGAAAGUAGCCUGCUUGUGUGAAAAUGUGUUGGUACUCAUGUACAAGCGCUUGCCCCGUACAACUCAUUUGGACAAAAUUGCCAAUUAAUUGUUUUUUGGAGUGUGGGAUUUUUUUUUUUGAAAUGUGAUGUUUUAAAUGACUAAUUUUGCAACCCUUCUGUGUAAAAAUCUACAGGGGAGAUUAUGGAUACAUGUAUAUAAACAUGUCUGAGUUAGCUGCCAACUUUUUAAAAGACCAAUAAGGCAUUUUAUCCUGCAAGCAGUGUAUGGGCGUGGCUCAAAAAUGCUUAAGAUUUUUACGGCUAUCAUUGACCAGUUAUCAGAAGACUAUGAAAUCUACAUGCCAGCAUCAAUCCCAUUUUCACUUACAGAAACAUUUGCCUUUAUUGUACAUCAAUCAUGAAAUAGUUGAGACGCUUCAGUUUUGAGAGCUUAAAUCAGUCUUUUAGCAAGUUGGAUGGUUUGUCAAAUAGCAUUUUUUUUUGCAUGGAACAGUUUUGGACACCUCAGAAUUAUCUUUGUCAUGUGUUGUAAGCAAUCUCAAAGAAUUAUGGUUUCACUAAUUUUAAUUUCUCAUGUUUCAAAAUAGCUGUACUUCUGUAGGAAGCACAGCCAAUUGGGGGUGAUAAAUAAAAGAUUUUGUAACUUUA